AUGAGACAUCGGAAGGAAAAGAAAACUGGGGUUUGUUACAAGUGUCGGAAGGAGGUAGGUUCAUAGUUUUCGCGUAGUAAUAAGUGAUUAAAGUAAUAUAUUUUUAAAGUAAUACGUUAUAUUAUAAUAUAUAUUCAAAACAUAAGAUUAAACUAAGGUUACAUAGCCAAAAUCAGUUUUUUUCAAAAGCAAAAACCGAUGAUUUUUAAAAAUCUAGUACUUUUUCAAGUUCAAAAGUAUAGGUAACAAACCCCCUUAAAACAAACGAAAAUGUUUAAAGAGCUUUAUUUUACGUAUGUAUAAUACCAAAAUAAAUAAAGUUACAGAAUGUCACAAACUGCAAAAAUAUGUACAAAAAUUCAGGUUUCGUGUUAGGUGGUUAAAUAUAUAAAUGUUAGACAUUCAUUCAAGUUUUUAAGGUCAAAGUAAAUUGAGGAUAAAAGUGAAAAAGUGAAGUUAUACUCCAGAGGUAUACAGUAGGACACAAGGCACCAAAGAAGGGUUUACAUAUAAACAUAUAUGGCAACACUUUUUUUAAAAGGGGAACAAAUAACCUUUAUGGUAGUUUUAGGAGAACCUUUAUGAUACUUAUAGAACAAAACCUUCAAAAAUUAAACAAAAAAUUAGGAGUAACCCCCAAUACAGUAGUCUACUUAUCUAAAAGAGCUAACAGUAAUCUAUUUUCAGCGACAUGUGCAAGAUAUAGCUACCCUUGCACUGAAACAAUCCAAGGCCAACGACUGGUCUACAUCUCGCUACAUUCUCCAAUCAGUUCUCUGGAUCACCACCAUCUUCCUCUUCUACAUUACCUACAAGCGCGACGUCGUCUGCCCUCAACUCCACCAUCCACCCAAUACCUCGCUGCCCGUCUAG